AAGUCCCGUAGGACCAACCGCGAGAAACGAAAUUAUGAUAGCCAAAAAUAUCCCGCCUUUGAUCAACUAGCUGCUAAAUUACCCUUUUGGUUGCGAAGCACAUUUCCGAGUAAAUUAUAAACACCCGUAGGUCAUCAUGCCUCCCCUCCCGAAUUUGAUCGGAUGAAUCAACACAGCGGAAAAAAGCUGUGCACCGACCACUACAGUACUUUAUCAUUAUCCGCGCAAUACUGGUAUAUCAAUUCUCGUAGACUCUUACUUUGCUGCUCCUGCGCGAUGUACUGCACAGUGGUGUGCUCUGGAGCAAGCGCUGCGAGAUGAUACUUGUAAAUUCACGUAUCAUGGAUCUCUAAUCGAGCCUUUGUGAAGUACAAGAUUACAAAUAAAAUCCCGUAAACAAUACAGGAAAAAAGAGCGGUGAUGAAUCCUACCCCAAAUUCCCGGUGAAAAGAGAAUGAAGAAAAUGGAUGCCUAGCCGCGCUCCAAUUUUUAUAUAUGAUACCUGUACGGGCGUGUCGUUCUCCAGACACCCCCCGACCGAAAAAUACCAUAUCGGAUUUCCAAAGCAUUUCUAGUGGAGGAUGCAGCGUGUCUAUUCAAAACACAACCCGUGGUCUCCUUCGCUCGUCCUCUACUACUCGAGCAGAACCAGCCGUGUACUGUACUCGUACAGUGCUCGUGUACAGUACUCGUACAGUACAGUACAGUACUGGGUCGACUCCAUAGACAAUCAGUACUCCCUGUCUGGCUCACUAGCCGCCUACCAGUACCUACUCACGCUCCACGGGACCGUACCGUACCGUAUUCGCAUCCUUCCCUCUUCGUCCCUUCUCCUACAAUACCAGUAUCGUUGUCCCAAGCAGUCCACACAUUACAACCUUAACCAUUUUCCCCAAUUUACACCAAUCCUCCCUACUCUCCUUAAUCCGCCAACCCGCAUCCCUAGCUGUCCGGGCACUCUCUUACCAUCCCUAACUAUUCUCCAUCCCACUCUGCGCUGCCAGAGGAGUGAGCCAGCUAGCCAGGGAACUGGAAAGCAGCAAGCAACCGCCGACAACCACUGCGCCAGCAACCAGCAACAAACGCAGAGGCGGAGACCCCUCCCUCCCAGCCAGGCCUGGCUUUAGCACACUCCGGGUACCCUCUGCGAGUACAACCCGGACACACACUCACCCCUCCAACCUAAAUUUUUUUUCUUUUUUUUUUUUUCCCUUCCUUAACAGUGACACUGAUAGAUACUAUACAACCUUGGACCGAUUUCCUGUCGCCUGUUUCUGCUGGUGUCAUCUUCGUCUUCCUCUAUUCACUCAUUUGCUUUCAAUUCAAUAAUUUCGUCCCGAUUUGUCUGGACUCUACAAUCUUCACAGCUUUCUGACGCCUGUUGCCGUGGCAUUACAUUUCCUUCCCCAAGACAUUCCGGUUCGCCGUUCGCAACAGUUAUUUAAGCAGCUUUUAUCAGCUCUUGAAACAACUAAGGAAAGGAAACGAAGGGACCUUUAAAACAAACGAAAGAAAAAGGAAAGGAAAAAAAAUAACCCCCCCCCCCACUUCACCUUACACAUACCAUCCUAUUUGUGCAAGAGGCUUUCCCCGGAAUCAACCUCGGAGACCCUGAGGACGAUCAGGGCCAGUCAUAGAUCACCAUGGAUUUCAAUGUUUGACACUCCCAUCCUUUCCAUCCCCCCCAUAUUUGCCAAAUUCUACUACCUCCACAAGGUGUGGGAAAUAGUUCCCUUAUUUUGGGAAACAUGAAACAAUUGCUGACCACAUCAAUUUAAAGUCUAUGAGAGGAAAUGGGCCGUUUACCAUGUCUCCAACAUCUGUCCUUCCUGAGGCAGUACGCUCGCUCCCAUCACCAUCGCCAUCAAUAGCCUUCAAAUCUUCCGCCUCUUCAGUUGGAACAAUGGACGACCUACCCACCACUGCCCUCGGUAACCCCUCGGGGCCGUCGUUUACAUUGUCUCCUCCAGAGUCACUUGCUACCUCGGAGGAUAGAGACAUUUCUGCAGCCGGGGAUUCACUUUUGGCUAGUUUACGGGAGGGCGGCGCACCCGCUAUGCUCGAUAAGCGUUCACCAAACGGAAUGCACAGCCUACCCAAGAUCACAUACUCGAGAAAGGCUAAUUCGAAGGGAAACAAACGCCCUGCGGAAGAGGCGGAAAUUCCCGGUUAUGGAAAUGAUACAUCGUUGGAGUCGUCAAGAAAACGUGUAAGGGUGGUUGGUCUGAGGAAUCUCGGCAACACUUGCUACAACAAUGCUGUAAUCCAAGCGCUGAGCCAUACCUGUGCUCUCCGAGAAUAUUUCCUCCAACGAGAGCCACCCAUCAUGGAGGAAUCGGAUGCCAGCAUGAGUAGCAGCGAUUCCACUGCUACCCUAAGUUUACAUAUGGCGAGGCCGAGGACCCGUAGGGCUGCAAGGCUAGAGGAACAGGCUAUAGUUCCCACCAACAUGUACGAACCCACCACCCCCAUGUACCCCUUUGUACCCGCUUUUUCCUCUCCUCGGCAGAAUGGUUCAGGAUCUGUCGUAGCUCACUCGCAUACAGCAAUCUUUGUGACGAGUUUUCUCGAUUGUUAAAGAUGAUGUGGGUUGAUCACAUCCCAACCAAAGUUCGUACAGGAUCCCGUGCACGCCGUUCCACCCUCUCCCUAUCCCCGAUUAUUUCACCCCACAAGUUUGCUAGUGCUGUGGCUACAGUACUACCUUCCUUCCAUGAGCGUCAUGAACAACAAGAUGCUCAGGAAUUUCUUCGGGUAAGUGUACUUUGACACAUGUGAAGCAACCCCCGUUAACCAUUGCUUAGUGCUCCCUAGAACGAAUGCAGGAUGAACUUGCGUCUGAACAGAUUGAGGAGGAGGACACGAUUGUGCAGACUGUGUUUGGAGGUAUACUGUGGAACAAGGUGCCAAUCCCCUUGUUUUGUCUAAUCUGCUCCGUUAUUGAUGGGAGGAUUUAUCAGAUAAUAUGUCACUCUUGCUCGGAAUAUACAAUCAAACCUGAUCCCUUCCUCGACCUCAGCCUGGUUAUUCCCGAGCAACUGCCACCAGUCGUUAAGGGUGAUAUGCGCUCAAGUACGCUUGAGGAAUGCUUGAAUCUGUUUGCUACCACUGAGGAACUUGAGGGCUCUCCUCCCCCAUCCACUUCUGUUUCCGCAUCCACAAACGGCACCAUUCGCUCCUGUUUGUCCUGUGGGUCUGAGGCAGCCUUCUCGAAGUCGAUUGCUUUCGGAGUAUUACCUCACGUUCUCUGUAUCCAUUUAAAACGAUUCCGCUGGAGGAGCCACAAAGUACGCGGGGGCAAGCAGAAAGUUGAUACACAUGUUGGAUUCCCGCUGGAAGGCCUAGACAUGAAAACCUGGUGUGAACAGCAUGUCGAUAGCCCAAUCUUAUAUGAUCUUUACGCGGUAGUUGUUCACCAAGGGACAGGGUAUGACCAAAUCUAGCCCUUUUCUUUCCCCAUUUGCUGAUGUAGUAUAGCGCCAACUUUGGACAUUAUGUCGCUUAUACGAAGCACCAAAAAGAAUGGUGGCUACUGGACGACGAUCGGAUUGCCAGGGUUCCUCCGGAGGAUGUUGCAAAAUCUAAGGCAUACCUUCUUUUCUACAAACGCCGGGACGAUGAGAUAUCUUCCGGCGCUAUCACCGAUGACGACGAGUCACGAAUUGAACCCACUAUUAAAUCCUGCACUAAAACUCCCACCCGAUCUCCUGACCUCGCCCACCUACCUCCAAACCCGUCCCAAGAAUCUAGGCUUUCCCUCAAAUCAUAGUCAUUUCCUCUUUCCAUGGCCCAGCCCAUACUCUAUCGUCUCCGCUGGAGUCGAUACUAAGCAAGCGAGCGCUGUUUGCUCCAAUACCUUCCGAUUACUCCCUGAAUUAUAUUGCUUAGGGCGGAAGGUUUCUCCUUGUUCUGAAUUGUGAGUCCUGUUCAACCCUCCUCUUCCUUCCUGUCGUUUUUUUCCUGCAUUUCAAAAUUCGGUGCAUAUAAACCCACGCAUGUAUAUUAGGGGAUGGGGCAUAACUGUAUACGGUUCGGAGUACGGGAUGGUUUUUAUGAAGUCCUUUAUUUAUCUUCUCUUUUUUCUUGCCGGGUUCCCCAUUUAUUUCUUUACUCUUCUCCCCAACGCAUUCAUGUUUUCCCAUUAACUACGACAGAGUUGGCUACCACUCAUAACUUUGGUGUUUUGGCAAUUAGACGGCGCAGACGGUGGUACUUCAUCUCUCACUUUUUCCUUUCUUCCUCCCCUUUCCCUACUUCACCAUUGUCUGUUCGGGAUGGAAUUAGUUUUUUGCUUUGGCCGGUUUUUCCACAUUUUCCAUUCUCCCCCACCUCGGCUCCUUUUUAUCCGGCGCUCCCCAGCAUAAAUACGGUAUUAGGU